GAGGGUGAUACACAUAUCCUAUUAUUUCUUUUCUUCAUUUUUAAUCUCUCAGUCUUCCCUUUAUAUCAUUACUUGUUUCCAUAUUCUUUUUCCUAAUUUGACUAAAAUAAUCCAAGGGCGUAAAUUAGGAGUAGAAAAGUUGCUGAGGUAAUGAUGAGAAGGAAGGGCACUAGUCGGCGUGGCUUUUUCUCUCAUUACUAGCACGCUGGCAACAGAAGGAUACCAAAGUUAAGAGAAUUUGACUGACAAGACAAGGAUUUGGAAGUGCUUGAUAUUCUUGGUUCAUGACAUUUUGGCUAUGAUUAAUAUAAAUUGAGGCUCUGCUGGGAAGAUACCAACAAAUACAGAAGUUCAGUAACUCCUUUGUUUCGUUAAUUAUGCCUUCCUCCUACACAGUUCUUUGCCCUUUUCUCUUCUCUUUUCCCCGUUCCCUUUAAGAACUAUUUGGGGUUUGAUUAAAAAAAAUUCUUGUUUUGUUUACCAAAUAUUUUGUCAGUAUAGUUAGUUGUUGUUUUUGUCUUUCCGACAAUAUCUACUGCUUGCAGCUGGAAGAGGAUCUUUUCAAGGUAGGGUUGUCCUAAAAAAGGUGAAGUUUUCAACAGUUAUGGAGAUGGUUUUGUCUCUCUAACUAUUCUAUGGUCUAAAUUUUGCUGAAUUAACAAACAAAAAGAGACCUCAGAUAUGAAGUUUAUGAAACUAGGAUCUCGGCCUGACACAUUCUUCACUACCGAGGCUGUUAGAUCAGUCUCCUCAGAGAUUUCAAGUGAUCUCAUAGUUCAAGUAAAGGGUAGCAGAUAUUUGCUUCACAAGUUUCCCUUGCUGUCCAAGUGCUUGAGGCUGCAGAGACUCUGCGUUGAGAAAACCUCUCAACACGAAAUAGUCGAGCUACAAGAUUUUCCAUGUGGCAUAGAAGACUUUGAGUUGUGUGCUAAAUUCUGCUAUGGAAUCACCAUCACUCUCAGUGCUCACAACAUUGUUUCAGUACGCUGUGCAGCAGAAUAUCUACAAAUGACUGAGGAUGUAGAAAAGGGAAACUUAAUUUGUAAACUCCAAGUAUUCCUCAAUUCUUGUGUUCUUUCAGGUUGGAGAGACUCAAUUGUGACAUUACAGAGCACCAAGGCAUUUCCUUUAUGGUCCGAAGAACUUGGCAUAACAAGCACAUGUAUUGAAGCUAUUGCAUCAAAGGUUUUAGCCCAUCCUCUCAAAAUGAAUUUGUCACAUAGCUACUCGAGAAGAGGCGGAAGAGAUGAUAUUUCUUGCAAUGGAUCACAAAGCCUAAGGCAUAAUAAACCUUUAUCCAAAGACUGGUGGGCUGAAGAUUUAGCAGAAUUGAGCAUUGAUCUCUAUUGGAGAACCAUGAUAGCCAUUAAAUCAGGUGGAAAAGUAGCAGCUAGUCUUAUUGGUGAUGCAUUGAGAAUUUACGCGUCUCGAUGGCUACCAAACAUAUCAAAACAUGCAAACCUUGAGAAGAAUAAGCACUCUGAUUCAGAUUCAAUUGGGAAAUACAGGCUGCUUUUGGAAUCAAUUAUAAGCUUAUUGCCUACUGAAAGAGGAGCUGCUUCUUGUAGUUUUCUGUUGAAAUUGCUUAAAGCAGCAAACAUUUUAAAGGCUUCCUCUUCAUCAAAGAUGGAAUUGGCAACAAGAGUUGGACUUCAAUUAGAGGAUGCUACAGUUGGUGAUCUCUUAAUACCUUGUGUAUCAAAAACAAGUGAUACAAUUUAUGAUGUGGAUAUAAUUAUCACCAUAUUAGAGCAGUUCAUGUUACAGGGUCAGAGUCCACCAACAAGUCCUCCAAGAAUGAAAGAGGAUUUUGUGAGAAGAAGAUCUCGGUCCGCCGAGAACAUUGACCUUGAGUUUCAGGAAAGCAGGAGAUCAUCUUCAGCAUCACAUAGCUCUAAACUUAAAGUAGCUAAGCUUGUGGAUGGAUAUCUCCAAGAGAUUGCCAGCGAGGAAAAGUUGCCUCUGUCAAAAUUCAUUUUCAUUGCUGAAGCAAUCCCAGAAUUCGCUAGGCUUGACCAUGAUGAUCUUUACAGAGCCAUUGACAUCUAUCUUAAGGGGCAUCCAGGUCUGAACAAGAAUGAAAGAAAGCGUUUGUGCAGAAUGUUAGACUGCAAAAAAUUAUCCAUGAAAGUGUGCAUGCAUGCAGCUCAAAACGAAUUGCUCCCAUUAAGGGUAGUAGUUCAAGUUCUGUUCUUCGAGCAAGCUCGAGCCACCAUGUCUGGUGGCCAUAUAACUGAGCUCCCCAGCCACAUCAAAGUGCUUCUUGCUAACCAUGAUGACAUAUCAAAGACUUCUGCAUCGUUCAAAAUGACACCUGCAGAUGACCAGUGGAGUGCCUCAGGCAAGCUUUCAACACUGAAAAUGAAGCUGGCAGAAAAUGAAGAUUUGGAUGAAAAUUAUGUUGAUGGAAAUGGGACAUCCUCACGAAUAAAAGCUUCCUGCAUAUUUCCUAGUCGACCUAAGAGAAUGUUCAGUAAGUUAUGGUCCAGCAAUAGAUCAGUUGCAAGUGAAAAGAACUGAAUUUUAUUUGCUUAGUUUCUUGGUUAAUAGCGUUUGGGGAAGGGCAGGGGGCUAUUUCAAGGGUAAAGUAUACUCUGUUCGCCACAAUUCUUGCCAGUUAAAUAUCUAUUUAUCUCUUUCGUUACUUCUCGGAAAACAAGUUGUAAUCUUUAUGAAAGGAAAAUCCAAUGUGAAUUAUUGGUUUAUCCUAUCCAAUAAAAAUAUUGUUGCGGAA